UCGACCAACUCGGUAGUUUCGGCAACAGCAGUUCGGUGUUUAGUAGUUCUUUCAACGAGUGGCUGCUGCUUAACUGGCUCGGUUUUGUUUUUUUUUUUUUCCUUUUUUUUGUUUUUUGUUUUGUAUUGUUUUUUAAACAUUUUCAACAAAAAAUUACAACAAACAGAACGAGUCUGUCUACCUUUUUUUCACUUUACGAAAUAAGUAUACCGUCAGAGUCUGGUGCACGAUUGUUAUUGCUUCGGGCCUUUUUAUUUCUGGCUCCCUCCGAUACUUGGGAACUUGGAUAAAUUAAGAAACAGUCUUUUGCUGCAAUACUACCUAGUUUUCGGUGUGAAUUUGUGCUACAAUAGUAUACUUACCUCUUAUCUGCUGAACGCACGGCUCGAAAGAAGCAGCAGCACUUUUGUUUUUGCUUGGAAGGGCCGACGUCAGUCAUCAUGAAUUACGGCGAGAUGGGUAGUGCCAACAAUAACGCGACCGAGACCACGAGCAGGUGCAACCUGCGCCGGAUCGCGAGACACGAGGAGUCGGAGUUCAGCAACGCGAGCAUCCUAAACUGCAUGGAGAGCUUCGUGCGUACCGUCAACGAGAUGGAGGAGACGAUCCUGGUGCCGAGCAGGCUGCUCGAUCUCGCGGUCGGCGACUCGACCGACAGCGUGUGCCAAAAACCCGGCAAGCACGGCUGCGUCAAGGACACUUUCUACAACACGGAUCUAUACCGGCUCUACAACAUCGUCAAUCAGAUGAAGGUCGAGCUGCUCUGGUCGCAGGAGAACCCCGACGCUUCGAUCGCCGACAACGAGGGUCAGGAGGAGGCGCAGCGUAGCGGGAGCAACAAGGCGCAGGCCGCCACGGUCCAGGAGCCGGUGCGCCUCGGUCACGCCAGGUAUCCCUCGACGACGUCGAUGCAGAGCGUCCAAUCGGCGAGCUCGACGGUCUCGUCGUCGUUGUCGUCCUCGUCGGCGAGCAUGAUCAUCGGCAGCGGUGGCUCGACCUCGGACUCGGACUCGGACACCGGCAUCGAGAACGACUCUGGUCUGGAGAGCGAGGAGCCGAGCGAUCGGCUGGCCAACCUCGCGGCCGAGAACUUUAGGCGCCACCUGCGCGGCUUGCACCGCAGCAUCGGCCGGAUGACCGAGGCCGCGGAGUACCUCACGCUCAGAUACCAGGCCGACGUGGGCGGACAGGUCUGAUGACGCCGCGGUAGUGACCCCUCCCCCUGACACCUGCACCACCGCCAUUAAGCCACCUGACGGCUAUCGUUGUUUGUACGGGUGCGUUGAUCGAGGAUCGCCGCCAGUGUGAUUGUUGUUAAUCGUCCUCGUCGGGAGUGCGCUUUAUGUGUAUGGUUGACCCGAGAGACGUGCACAUCCCCCUCCUCUACUCUUCUCUUCGUUGACGAUCCUCCUGAUUUUUUUUUUUUUUUUUUUUUUUUAUGAGUAAAUAAGUACAUAAUAUAUGCAUCGUCUCGUCGCUCUCUAUACGUCACGGGUGUGACGCUCUUGUACACACACUUUCUUCCUUUUUCUCUUCAUCAAGCUCUUCACUUUGCUUUACCGUGAUUUUUUCCAAAGACGAACGAUGUGUAUUUUCUCUCUCUCUCUCUCUCUCUUUCUUUGAAAAAGCCACCUGUCAAGUAAAGAGUAAAGCACACUUUUUCAUUCCACAUUAUUCCAAAGAAACGAUUCUUGUUGCAUAUUCGUUAAUUUAUACGCCGCGAGUGGAAAUGUUAAUUUUAUUGUUUAGUCAUGGGUUGCUUUUUCAAAAAUAUCCGCAGUGAUGUGUCAUUGGACAAGAAAGGGACGCGCGCUUUUGUUUUGCAACUAAUUUUACGACAGCGCUUGAUUGGAAUCUGAAAAAUAGAGUGUUAUCACAAAUUUAUUGCUUUGUUGUUUCAUUGUUGUGAAACUUUGAAAUUACCAGAUGAAACUUACCCUACAGCCACCGAGAAUCCAAUUCUGCGAGCAUGUGCGAUAAUAUAUAAAUUUCCUCCCUCGAUUUAUCGUUGAAUUUGUUUUGACUUGUUAUCACGCGCAAAACUGUUUCUUCGCUGGUGGUGAGCUGCACUAUCUAGAUUAGAAUAUCAGAAUACCCCCCAAGGAGGAAAAAAAAAGAAAGUGUUAUUGGAUGCGGCAAACAAAAGCAAGUGCAAGUGUGUAGAAACAAAGUGGUAUCGGACGCGCGCACGGCGGGAUCGAGAGAGGGUGCAAUAAUAAGUUGUGUCACGUUUGGCGAUAUCGUGCACUUUUGUAAGAGGAUUUAUUUCUGUAGUUGCGCGUUUUGUGUGUGUGUAUGUGUACAUGGCGUCGAAUGCAUGAAUAUUUGCGUAAGAGAAUGAAUAACUAUCAUACCACGUGUGAGUGUGGAAUAAAAUAUUGUCAAUGCGAGGUGAAGUGACAUUCAUUGGAAAUAAAGUUGAUAAUGUGCGGGUGGUGCGUGGGGCCGACUUUUUACGCCCCAAAGGUGGACGUAUAUAUUAUUUUUGUGUAUAUAGGAAUAAGGAGACUUUGGAGAAUUGUUUCGGUUUAUAAGAAUGUUUAGGAGAUGGGCGAUGUUCAAGUCACAAGCGACUUUAUUUUUUUUUUUAUUUUUUUACAAAUUUUUCUUUCGAAAGAAUCAAAAUACAAAGAGAAGUGAAAAUUCACAAUUACUUCAUGUUUCAUGGGUGUUUGCUAGUAGAAGGGAUAAUUUAUUUUGAUUCAAUGGGACACUGUCCACACAUCAUUUAAUUAAAUGAUUACUUCCUCGCAGAGAUAAAGAUUACAAUUGGGGAUUCAAUGGUCUGUACAUAGAGAUAGAUUUCGUUAUUUAUUUUUUUCUUUUCAAUUUUUUAUCAUCCGCUGCUCUAAACUUUUAAAGGUAAAUAAAUGUAAUGUAUACACACAUAUAUACAUACAUGCAUAUAUGAAAUAUAAACUUUGAGUUUCAGCUCUGCGAUGCAAACUUAUGCCAAUGUCGUAAUCUUUUGUAUGGAAAUAUAAAAAUAUAAAUAAAGAAAAUGUCUAAUCAACCACUUAAACAUUAUUCAUGAGUAACGUCGUGUUCCAUGCUUUGAAUUCUUUGGUGCAUCUGAAAUUCGAUUACAUGCAUGAGUUAAGAUGAACUGAAAAAAA